AUGUCGAAAGAAACAGCGUCUAUGAGAGAAAUAAAACACAACCGACAACUCAUUUUGCAAGCUCUAAAUAAGAACACAACAAACUUUUCAAACUAUUCUAAGAUAUCUGAGUCAUUGAAAGAAGGAAACUUAAAACUGACAUUAAACCCAUUGACAGACGAGUUUCUAUUUCAAGACAGUAAGAACCAUACUGUUUGUAUAAAUCCAACAAAAAGAACUUUAAACGAGAAACCUAUAGAUGAACUUCUUUUGAAGGCAGAUAUUGACAACAAAGCUGACAAAGAGUAUGUCAUUGAAAAAGUUCAAGAAGAACAUGACAGAGCAGAUGCAACAUAUGCAACAAAAGAGGAUGUUGAAAAGAAAGCUGACAAAGAGUAUGUCAUUGAAAAAGUUCAAGAAGAACAUGACAGAGCAGAUGCAACAUAUGCAACAAAAGAGGAUGUUGAAAAGAAAGCUGACAAAGAGUAUGUUGACGAUGAGUUAGCAUAUCUGGCUAGUGGGUUAGUGAAGAAGGCAGAUAAGGAAUAUGUGGAUGAAAAAGACAAUGAAAUUAUAAAAAGGGUUGAAUGGUACCAUGAACGGACAUCGAAGAUUUUAGAAGGUAAAGCCAAUACAGGGUGGGUUUCAGGAUGUUUAGACCUUAAAGCUGACAAGAACCAUACACAUACCAUUGCAAAUAUUACAAACUUACAAGAAACCUUAAACAGGAAAAGUGACGUUGGACAUACACA